CGGGGUUGCAGAAGAGCUGCCUGGCUGCACCGCGAUGGAGGGCGAAAGUUGCGCGCUGCUGCUGUGGUCGACGGCAGUCGCCGGGCUCUUGCUCUUCUACCUGGGCUUCGUGCGGCGCGUCACCGGGGCUGCGCGCACCGCCUUCCCGCGGAGGGAGCCCGGCCGAGCCGCAGGAGGAGGCGGUAGGCCGCCGGCCGAUGCGUGGAGUCCCAGGUUGUCUGGCUUCUCGCUGCGGCUUUGCGUACACCUGGCCAACACUGCUUUCGGACAGCAUUUUUUAGUUCCACUUCUAAUGCGGGUCAACAACUUUACCGCCCUGCGCUUCCUUGAUCUUGCCGAAGACCCUACGUUUGUGCCGGUAGUCUCUGAGGAAGAGAAAAACAACCAUCCAGAGUCUGAAAAUGUCUUGGAAAUUCUCCCCAAACUGAUGGAAGUAAGUUCACGUUCUGCUCGCCCUAUGUUCAACUUCAAAGGGGUCCAGGAUUAUUUGAACUGCUACCGAUCCGGUGAGGUUACACCACUUCAGGUCGCCAAGAACAUCAUUGCCACGUUGGAAGAUGACGAGAGGUCCAGUCUCCCCCUCCAAGCAAUUGUUCAGUGGGAUCGCAAAGAGAUCCUCAAAAUGGCGGAGGACUCCACCGCUCGCUAUCAAAGCAAGCAGACCCUCUCUCUUUUGGAUGGGAUCCCAGUGUGCUUGAAGGAGGAGAUUAAAGUGGUGCCCUAUCAUCACCGAAGUGGAACGCAAUACCUGGGCACAGAGCCAGAAACCGAAGAUGCCACUGCGGCCCAAAAACUGCGAGAGGCUGGGGCCAUUAUUAUCGGCGUCUCAAACAUGCACGAAUUGGGGAUUGGAACCACUGGUUGUAACCCCAACAGAUACCACGGUACAGCGAGGAACCCCUACAACCCCCAGCACUUCACUGGGGGCAGCUCUAGUGGGUCAGCAGCAGCCGUGGCUUCAGGCCUUUGCCCGUUGGCUCUUGGUACGGAUGGGGGCGGCUCGGUGAGGAUCCCUGCGUCUUUCUGUGGCAUUGUGGGACUCAAAGGUACCUUUGGACGCACCAGUGAAUUUGGCUGUCACCCUCUCUCAUAUUCUACCGUAAGCCUUGGCCCCUUGUCUACAUCAGUGGCAGACGCGGCUGUUGCUUAUGCGAUCUUGGCUGGUCCUGACCCCUGCUAUCCAUAUGGAUUAGGCCAGCCCAAACCAUCCCUCUGUGGAGUCCUCACACCUGAUCUGAAGGACUUGAAGUUGGGGGUUGACUGGACUUUCUUUAAGGCAUGUGAUGCUGAAAUCCUAGCCACCUGCCAGAAAGCUGUGAAGUUUCUGGAAGGUUUAGGUGCCUCCGUGGUUGAUGUGUCCCUGCCAGAACUGGAGGAGAUCCGAGUGGCUCAUGUGAUCUGCAUCCUUAGUGAGAUGAGAGAUUUCCUGCAGCCUGACUUCAACAAUUCCUUUGACCAAAUGAAUCUGGAGACUCGUCUUAAUCUUGCAAUCGCUUCUCAGUUCACAGCUCUGGAUUAUAUUAAGGCAAAUCGGCAGCGGAGCCGCACCAUGGCCCUUCUACAACAGAUGUUUGCGAAUGUGAACUGUCUUAUUACCCCAGGUACUGCAUGCUGUGCCCCAAGAAUCCAGGACUCUGAUCUUCUGACUGGGUGUAGCGAUGUUAGGACCACGCUCCGGACCAUGAGGUACAUGCAACUGGCCAACUUGACUGGCAUCCCAGCACUGGUAAUACCAGUUGGGUAUUCUAUUUCAGGGCUUCCUAUCAGCAUCCAGAUCAUGGCGAAGUGGUGGGAUGAAGCACUACUGUUCCGGAUUGGCCUGAAGCUGGAGCAAUUUCAUGGCAUAACAGCAAAACCAGCCAUUUAUUACGACAUUCUUGGGCAAUAGGGCCAGCUGUCUCGAACCAAUACAAAGUAAAACUUUUUUUUU